CGAUUAUUCUUUUCUUGUGCUUGUGGAGAGUAGGUGGACGUGUACGUGUUUGCGUUUUAUUAAGAAAAUUUAAUUUGAAGCAUAUUUUAAUUGCAUAACUUAGUAGCAAAAACAUUGAAAAGGCAAUUUUUGCAUUGAACAUAGAGGAAGUAUUUUCGUUAAAUAUCGGAUUAGAGUCACAUAAAUAUCAUAUAUCAAAUAUGCCGCGCUAUCGAGAGUGGGACUUGGCAUGCAAAGUAUACGUUGGUAAUUUAGGUUCAUCUGCUUCAAAAUAUGAAAUUGAAAAUGCCUUUAGCAAAUAUGGCCCGCUGAGAAAUGUCUGGGUAGCGAGAAACCCACCUGGAUUUGCUUUUGUUGAAUUCGAAGAUCGCCGCGAUGCGGAGGAUGCAACUCGAGGUUUGGAUGGAACACGGUGCUGUGGUACUCGUAUCCGUGUGGAAAUGUCGUCGGGUCGGUCACGACGUGAUGAUAGACGCCGAGGUGGCGGUGGUGGUGGCGGAAGCACCAGCGGAGGUCGCGGUGGUGGACGCUAUAGGAUAAAGUCUACUGCUACUACUACUUCUACUAGAACUUCUACCUCCUCUUCCUUCAACAAAAACUACAAAAACAACAUCUUCACGUAUCACAACUUAUGCUCCUUCUCCACAAAUCUCACCACGACAAGCAACAACAAGCUCAACUUAAUAUCGUUCAGCGACAACAAUCUUGAUAAUAGAAACAAUUUUAUCAGCCAGCUAUUUUUUUACAAAGAUCAACAAAAUUUCGACAACAACAAUUUUAGUUCAAGCGAUUACCAUUAUUUUCAACAUCACCAAAAACAACAACAAGAACCGCCACAACACAAAAAUUGCAUCAGUAAAAUUAAAAUCAUUAUUUUUGUUAUCAACACCGACACCUUGAACACCACCAACACCAACGUCACUACAAUUUUGCACCUAAAAUUUGCUCUCGUUUUCGCUGUAGUAAUUGUCAUCAACACCUAUCUAACAAUUGUUGUUGUCGUAAUAGAAAACUGUGACAGUUGUCCUGAUGUUAAGUGCAGUAAAAGAUCAACAAUCAUUAGAACAGCAACUACUAGUACAAUAACUACUGCUACUACUACUACUACUUCAGCUGCAACUGCUUCUACAGUCACUGCAACUAUUGCUACUAGAAGAAUUAGUGCAACUAGUAAAAGUGUGCUUGGGCAGCAGGCGCAGGAUCAGCAUCAGCGGCAAAAGCUAAAGCAUUUACAACAGCCAUCAUCAUUAAUACCACCAAUACCACCUUAACAACUUGAAAUACUACCACUUCCUUCUCCUUUGUAUAUGCAACUGACUGUGAUAUGAGCCCACAACACUACUACCUACAGCACAACAAAUACCAUCACCAACAACAUCAACAUCGACUUGACAAUAAAUGCACGCUCAUGAGAUAACUGAUUAGAUAAGCUGAUCAAUGUGCUUGGUCGGUAAUGUAUGUAUGUUUGUAGUCACUAUCAGCCCGGGAGAUGGUCCUAAGAAGAGGGUGACUUAUGUGUACCUUGUAAUUUCUUAUGCCCGCAGAACUUUUAUUUUAUAACAUUUUCCGUAAUUGCCUAUUGAAUACGCAUCUUAUUCAUCACUUUUGACUUGAAAGGUGGUCGACGAUUCACGAUGAAAUUUGACUAAGAACCUAUUUAACUUAACUAAAAUGAACAUUUUACUGACGGUACAUUGGGUCGACAAGACGUACAGAUUGUACAAACAAAUUUUCAGCCACGCCACCGAAGUAAUGUUGGUUUUUAUUUAUUUAUUUUUUUGAAAUU